CUAGUCUACCCACAUGCAUCAGUAGACCCAUCUGAAAAAACUAAAUGGUAUAAAGACAGCCUCAUGAUGUCAUGAGAAUUAACCGAUGACUACAUGUUAAGUACUCAGAGCAUGUGCAGAUCAAGUAUGCAAUAAUCAUUAGCAACUAUUACACAGCUCUCAAUGGCUUUACACACAUCCCAAACUGUAAUUUACCUACAAGAAAGAGUAUUCGUCUCAGUUAAGCUGAUCACUAAAAUGGGCUACCUUCCCAGGGAAUAGCAUCAGAAAGGCUGGGGCACAAAGCAGUGUUUACAGGGCUGUCAGCACCCAGUUUCCAUACUGAAAUUAUUGGAGGACGAGAAGUACAGCCGCAUUCCAGGCCAUUUAUGGCUUCCAUCCAGUACCACAGCAAACAUAUUUGUGGAGGCGUCCUGAUCCAUCCGCAGUGGGUGCUAACAGCUGCCCACUGCUACUCCUGGUUUCCCAGAGGUGACUCUCCCACCGUGGUUUUAGGAGCACAUUCUCUUUCCAAGAAUGAACCCAUGAAGCAGACAUUUGAAAUUAAAAAAUUCAUCCCAUUCUCACGAUUUCAGUCUAGUUCCACAUCACAUGACAUCAUGCUGAUAAAGCUUCACGCCGCUGCAGAACUGAACAAGCAUGUCCAACUGCUUCACCUGGGAUCCAAAAACUAUAUUAGAGAUGGGACCAAAUGCCAGGUCACUGGCUGGGGAGCCACCAAGCCAGAUCUGUUAACCGCCUCUGAUACCCUGCGAGAAGUCACUGUUACCAUCAUAAGUAGAAAACGCUGUAACAGCCGAAGCUACUACAACCACAAACCUGUUAUAACCAAGGACAUGAUAUGUGCAGGAGAUGCCAGAGGCCGAAAGGAUUCCUGCAAGGGUGACUCUGGUGGCCCUUUGAUCUGCAAAGGCAUCUUCCAUGCCUUAGUCUCUCAGGGCUAUAAAUGCGGCAUCUCCAACAAGCCUGGAAUCUAUACGCUAUUAACUAAGAAAUAUCAGACCUGGAUCAAAAGCAAGCUUGCCCCAUCGAGUGCACAUUGAGAUUGCAAGUGGUUUUUCUGGAUCUGCCAGUCACUUGCUUCUUUUUUGCGCUUGCAGACCCAGCAUCUUCUUCAGAGGCAACUGGCUACAGGGAGGGCAUGGCACAGUUGAGAUGGAUUUCUGUUCCUCAGAAAUUCAUUUUGUUAGGGAGCCAUGCGCUUUUUUCACUUGUAUUUUUAACAUGUUGGUUUUAUUCUAAAUAAAAUGUGGACGUCUGUGUUUGUCUGCAUGGAUGUAGAAACAUC